AUGAAUCCAUUCCAAAAGUCAGUUUACCUGCAACUUUUACAUCUGUAAUCAAUUAAAAUUUAUCAGAAAGAUACAUAGAUCAUAAACUGAAAGGAAAUAUUCUAAAGCUUAAUCUCCAUUAUCAGGUUUAUAAACUUAAAGAGAGACAAAGGCAAAUUUUACAAAGACAUUUUAAAGGUGGCAAUAAAAUUAAAAAAGCAAUAGAUCACUUUAAUAAAUUUAAAAAAUAAAAGAAGAUUAAAUCAAAUUAAAACCUUCUCUUUCAAAAGAUUUACAUAGUUUGAAAAAUAUUGGUACAUUAACUGAGAUAGGAUAAGCUAAAUAUAAAAAGAAAAGACAUAUGACAAAUUAUAGUAUAAUCAAAUACAUAAGUGGUUUUGGUUGA